GUGCCAUGGUUCGUAAUGGAUUUUUAUCACCAGCGGAAUCAGGUAAAUUUAUAAAUACUCGAGCACAACAUGUUCGAAUUCACGAGGAUGGUUUAGAAAAGCUUUGUAAAGAGAUGUUCUCAUCUUUAAAAGAUAAUAAACUGCAGAUACCAGAUGCAGGAGCAGACACAAUUCACCCCAAUAAAGAUCAUCCACAAGCAGUUGACUGGAUAUUUGUGACGGAUUCUCUGAAUUUCUGUUUCUGGUCACAGAGUAAAGAAACACAAUGGAUAGUUAAUGGAUAUACUGGUUACUUUGCUUUAGAAGCUGCAUUACACAGAGCUUUAAAGGAAGGAUAUGACAUCACAAACCCUGAGUAUUAUUCAAAGUUAACAGAAGAACAACUAUCACACAUAUUAAGAGGUGACACCAGUGCCAAAAUACCGUUGUUCAAUGAACGAAUAUCUGUUCUACAUGAAGUCGGAAGUAUAUUGAUAAAUAAAUAUGAAGGAACAUUUUUGAACUGUGUGAAAGAAUCUAAUAAAUCAGCAUUAAAGCUAUUAGAGAUUGUUGUGAAUAACUUUCCAUGUUUUCGUGAUGAAGCUAUGUACAAGGAUCAAGGAGUGUCAUUCUACAAAAGGGCCCAAAUAUUGGUAGCAGAUUUGUGGAAUUUCUUUGAUGGCACUCGAUGGGGAGAAUUUAGAGAUAUAGAUAAAAUGACAAUGUUCGCUGAUUACAGAGUGCCACAAGUUUUGGUUUAUUUUGGAGUUAUGAGUUACAGUAAUGAGCUGAUGGAGAAAUUAAAGAAAGAUCAUAUUCUUCCAAGUGGAUCAGAAGAAGAAAUAGAAAUAAGAGGGUGUUCAAUACAUGCCGUUGAAUUACUCAAACAUAAUUUACAGGAAUUGAUUACAAGUACUGGUCUAAGUGUGGAAGUUCCUAAUUCAAGUCUCAUAGAUUAUUAUCUAUGGUGCUAUAGAAGGAAACAUGCUAAAGAAAUGGAAGCAAUACCCUAUCACAAAACAUUAGGGAUAUUCUAUUGAUUAUUUAUUGUCUGUGAUUAUAUUGUUGACAUUUAUAUAUUUGUUACUAUUAAGUCUACACUUAUUAUUUUGUUGAAAAUGAUUUAUUAAAAAUAGUAUUAAUAAACUAUAUUCAGUAUUUUUGUAAAUAAAACAACUUAUAUUUACUGUUUAAGUUUUUAUUUCAAUAAUUGGCCUUUUUUUCUACAUCACAAAACAUAAUGGUAUGUCUCAAGUUUUAAAUGAAUAUAAUAAAUUUUAUGUAUUUAUUUUAAAUUACAUAAUCAUUAUUAUUAUUUUUAUAGUCAUUUUUAUAAAAGAACUAUUUAUUAUCUGUGGAUUUCAUCUUAAUGAUAUUUAUUGCACAUCUUAAGUAACUAAAUACCAAGUUAAACAUAUGGUUACACACAACCUCGAGAAAUAACCUACCUACCCACUAGAAUGAUUUUUUAUUUACAACUUAUAUAAAUAUAAAUUAUAUUUUAAUUUGGAAAUAUAAAUUAUAUUAUACUUUGGCUUUAGCUAUAAAUGAUUACAAAAUGGCACUAAGUAUUUACACCAUAACCUAAUGGAUAUGAAUUUAUUAUCUACUGUGACCAUUUAUUAUUUAUUUAUUAUAAUUUAUAUUAUGCUCUACAAUUUAAUUUAAUUACAA